AUCACUCUCCCAACAAACAGCAGCACGAAGCCAGUGAUUCACAUCGAAUAUCAAUUUAUCGUCCCAAACAAUCAGCACAAUGUCAAGUGUCCAGGAAGGAACUUUGCCAACGAUCAAUUACCUGAAGGGACUCUUAGGUGAUAGCUGGGAUAUCAAGUCCGACAAUGACCCGCCAUACAUCCAACUCGUCGCUUCAAAGGGGACCACGGUCGCAUUCCACAUUACGAUGAUCUGGGGAGAUGGAAACGUCGAAGAAGCAAUACAUCUCUGUGGCCAAGAAGUUCUUCAUAAGAGCACAAGGAAUGAUGUUGAACUCUUCUUCGCUGUUUAUCACGCUACACGAACAGAGGUGCAUUUAUACAAAAUAGACCCAAGGACACAGCAGGCCACGAAAUUGGAAAGUGGUACGGUACAAGCGAAAGCAGAUCAGGUGAAACGCUACGCUGAGGCAAACUAUAACGUUCUGGCAGUCCCACCCGGGCAAUGGAUCUGGAGCGUGGAAUACGGGAGGUAUUAUCGAUAUGUCACAGUCGAAGGGAGACAGCAGGUUGAAUUCGGCCCGGUGCCGCAGCAGCAGUAGCAGUAAGGCGUAGGGACUCAGUCGAUUGUGUUGCACGCCAACAUGGUUAUCCCUAUACUCUUUCAUUCCUUACAUAUACAUAGCUCCAUUCGUUCAUAGCUAUUAUAUCAACUCAGUCCU